GGGGAGGGGCAUGAAACGGUGCGUUUCAGAGAGCUUAAUUUGAUAGCCAUGAGUUCAAGGUUUUGGAAGGGUUUUCUUUCCGAGAAGUCAUGGCGCGUGGCAGAGCAAACGCGCCGCAGCGAGUUGCCGGAAAACCGCCGGCGAAACAACCGUUUUCCGGCGCAGAGAGAUCAGCUUACUUCGCCAGAAGAGAGGCGGCGAGGAUUCUCCGAUGCGUUCUCCACGGCGAUGCCGAGCGACGAGCCGUCGCCUCCAUCAAGUCUCUCGUCUACAGCCCUUCCGUUCGCAACAAGCGCGCAACCUUUGCUCUUGUAUGCGAAACGCUCAAGCAUCUUAAUGUCAUCAAGGAUGUGCUGGAAAUUGCCAAUGUACUGAAUAGCAAAUGGAAGAGGCAAGAGGCGUUGAUCUACAUUAUUUGUUAUGACAUCCUCUUUGGUCAGGAUAUGCCAUCAGUUGGUGAUGCUGAGAAGUUUCUCAUGGGACGGAAAGAUGCUCUUUUGUCGGCUCUAGCCAAGCUUCUAGUGAGAAAGAAAGUCAAAAGCAUUGACGAGUUGAUGGUUCCUUCUCAACAUUUUGACGUUUCAAAACCACGUUAUGUCCGUGUAAAUACGCUUAAGAUGGAUGUGGGUUCGGCAAUGCAUGAACUGGAGAAACAAUAUACUGUGCAAAAAGAUGAGAUAGUCCCUGACUUGUUGGUGAUGCCUCCUGGCAGUGAUUUGCAUGACCAUCCUCUGGUUAAGAAUGGGAAUAUAUUUUUACAGGGGAAGGCAAGUUCUAUGGUGGCUGCAGCACUUCACCCAGAACCAGGAUGGGAGGUUCUUGAUGCAUGUUCAGCUCCAGGAAAUAAAACUGUCCAUCUCGCUGCCCUCAUGAAAGGAAAAGGAAGACUCGUAGCAUGUGAACUAAACAAGGAACGGGUAAAGCGCCUGGAGCAGACUAUUAAGCUAUCUGGUGCUUCUAAUAUUGAAGUCUUUCAUGGUGAUUUUUUGGGCCUAAAUCCAGAGGACCCUUCUUUUGCAAAGGUUCGGGCUAUACUAUUGGAUCCUUCGUGCUCGGGCUCCGGCACCACUGCUGAUCGGUUGGACCAUCUCCUUCCUUCUCAUACUGCCGAUAAUUCCGCUAACUAUGACACAAUGAGAUUGCACAAGCUUGCCAUUUUCCAGAAGAAGGCUCUUGCCCAUGCACUCUCCUUUCCACAGGUUGAGAGAGUUGUAUACAGCACGUGCUCCAUUCACCAGAUAGAGAACGAAGACGUCGUAGCAUCUGUUUUACCGCUCGCCUCAUCCUUUGGCUUCAAACUCACAACUCCUUUUCCUCAGUGGAAUCGCCGUGGCCUUCCGGUUUUCCCUGGAUGUAAACCGAACAUUUGCUCAGGAUGGAUCCCGUCGAAGACAAAGAAGGGUUCUUCAUCGCCUUGUUCGUUAGGACGACCACGGGUGAUAAUAAUCUACAGUCGGAAACUCUCAAACAGGGGAAUAAAGCAAGAUCCGGGAGAAGAAACGGGAUCCGCCGCUCGUUUGUUUGGCCGAAGAUGUUCAGAGCUUGGUCAUAUUCCAGACAGAUCUGCCUCGAUAGUACGGACAAUCGAGGGAGGAGAAAGCCGUAUUAGAUGAUGCCAACUCCGAAAACCGGGUUCUGUUCUCUCUUACUUUGUGUUGUCACUUUACCUUUGAUUCAUCUUAUUUCACCGUACAAGUUUUGUAGCAAUUGGCAUUGUAACAUUAUGAAGAGAAAGGUUUUGGUUCUUUUUUAAACGAAGAAGAAACUCCCAAAUUUUUUAUUA